AUUGCAUACCAAGCGAUUCCCAGUCGCCAGUCCAUGAAACAACUGAGAAGGGGAUGGUAUACCUUUUUUUUAGUUGAUCUUUUCUUUUACUCUAUAGAUUUGCAUAUAUAGAAGAUCAUGUACCGAGAAUACUUAUAGUCAUAAAUUGUUCACCCAAAUCUCAAAAUCCUGCAAACAUGUCUAGCAAACCCCGUCUUCGUGGACCUGGCUCCUCCCGUGAGUCAGGUGAGGUGGUCCUUGAAGUGUCCUCCCUCAACCUUGGAGAACCACGAAAGAGAUGGCGCUCGGCUUUCAUUGCUAUCUACUGUACUCGUGCUCUGCGGUCUGUUGUCAGAGAAAUUGUAUGCAGGCCGGCAGAAACAGUGAUCAAUCUGAAAGGAAUUGAUAAAAAUGUCUCGAUCGAUCCAAGCUUUGCCAGUGAUGACACAAAGAAACUCAUUAAUAUGGUGAAGGAGAAAAACUUGGAUGCUUUUCAUGAGCUUGAAGGAGUGGACCGCAUAGCGGCUGCCCUUAUGACCAAUCCUGAGACUGGAAUCCGGGGUGACGAUGAGGAUUUGAAAAGACGGCGUGAGGCCUUUGGCAUAAACAACUAUCACAGGCGACCUCCAAAGAGCUUCUUCUAUUUUGUUGUGGGUUCUUUGAAGGAUCCCACCAUUCUUAUCCUCUUGGUAUGUGCUUCCCUUUCACUUGCAUUCGGAAUCAAAGAAGAAGGCCCCAGGGAGGGCUGGUACGAUGGUGGGAGCAUAUUCAUUGCUGUUUUUAUGGUAGUCAUUGUGUCUGCUGUCACCAACUUUAGACAGUCCAGGCAAUUCAAUGAGCUAUCAAAAGUUAGCAACAAUAUCCAAAUCGAUGUAGUGAGAAAUGGGAGGCGACAACGCAUCUCUAUAUUCGAUAUCGUAGUUGGAGAUGUCGUCUGUCUAAAAAUCGGGGAUCAGAUUCCAGCUGAUGGAAUUUUCUUGGACGGGCACUCAUUGCAAGUGGACGAGUCGAGCAUGACGGGCGAGAGUGAUCAUGUUGAAAUCAACAAGGAUGUGCAUCCAUUCCUGGUCUCUGGUGCCAAGGUGGUUGACGGGUAUGGCCAAAUGUUAGUCACAUCAGUGGGCAUGAACACCUCAUGGGGUGAGAUGAUGAGCUCCAUUAGCCAUGACAACAACGAGCAGACGCCCCUACAAGUCCGGCUCAAUAAACUAACCUCGGCCAUUGGAAAGGUUGGCUCUGUAGUUGCUCUUUCUGUUCUUCUAGUCCUGUUGGUUCGAUACUUCACCGGGAAUACGGUAGAUGAAAAUGGAAAUCGCCAGUACAAUGGUAAGAAGACCAAGUUCGAUGAUAUUAUGAAUGGCAUUGUGCAUAUUAUUUCGGUAGCUGUUACUAUUAUUGUUGUAGCAAUUCCUGAAGGUUUGCCUCUUGCUGUCACACUAACCCUGGCUUACUCCAUGAAAAGAAUGAUGGCUGAUCAGGCAAUGGUUCGGAGGCUCUCAGCUUGUGAGACAAUGGGCUCAGCGACCAUCAUUUGUACUGAUAAAACAGGUACUCUAACCAUGAACCAGAUGAAAGUGACGGAUUUUAAGCUUGGAAAAGAAGCCAUUUUAGGCAAUAUUGCCUCUGCUAUUCACCCAAAUAUUCUUGAACUGUUCCACCAAGGAGUGGCUCUGAAUACUACUGCUAGUGUUUACAAAGCUGAUUCAGCGUCUGAACCUGAGUUCUCUGGAAGUCCAACUGAAAAGGCAAUUCUUUCCUGGGCUGUCCAAGAACUCAAUUUGGACAUGACCAAAAUGAAGCAGAGCUAUGACAUUCUCCAUGUCGAAACCUUCAAUUCACAAAAGAAACGCAGUGGUGCCUUAGUUAAAAAGAAGUCGGAAGAGACAAUCCAUGUUCAUUGGAAAGGUGCUGCUGAAAUUAUUCUAAGAAUGUGCUCAAGGUAUUAUGAUAAGUCCGGAGUCGUGAAAACCCUCAAUAAACCUGAACAAGAGGGAGUUAUGCAUCAAAUUGAAGGUAUGGCUUCACAAGCGCUUCGAUGCAUCGCAUUUGCUCACUCACCAGUUGAAGUUGCCCAUCAAAAUCUUGUUGAAGACAACUUGAUCUUUUUAGGUGUAGUCGGCUUGAAGGAUCCAUGCCGUCCUUCAGUGAAAGAAGCUAUAGACCUUUGCCGCAAGGCAGGAGUUCAAAUCAAGAUGAUCACCGGAGAUAACAUUCUCACGGCCAGAGCUAUAGCUCUCGAGUGUGGGAUACUUGAUCCAGCCAAGUCAACCGGCAAAGAAAUGGUGGAAGGUGUUGAGUUUCGGAGCUAUAGUGAAGAAGAGCGGAUGACAAAAAUUGACAACAUUAAAGUAAUGGCAAGAUCCUCUCCAUCUGAUAAGCUGUUAAUGAUACAGAGCUUGAAGAAAAAAGGUGAGGUUGUUGCAGUCACUGGUGAUGGCACAAACGAUGCACCAGCAUUAAAAGAAGCCAAUGUUGGACUUGCUAUGGGGAUUCAAGGCACCGAAGUUGCCAAGGAGAGCUCAGAUAUUGUCAUCUUGGACGAUAACUUCAAGUCGGUAGUGUCUAUCUUGAAGUGGGGGAGAUGUGUCUACAACAAUAUCCAGAAGUUCAUUCAAUUCCAGCUCACUGUCAAUGUUGCAGCACUUGUUAUCAACUUCGUUGCUGCAUGUUCUGCUGGUGAAGUCCCAUUAACAGCAGUGCAGUUGUUGUGGGUGAACUUAAUCAUGGACACAUUGGGAGCACUUGCCCUAGCCACGGACCGACCAACAGACGAACUCAUGGACAGGCCACCCAUCGGCUGGAAGGAGCCACUUGUAACGAAUGUAAUGUGGAGGAACCUCAUCUUUCAAGCACUCUAUCAGAUAAUCGUACUCCUGACGCUGCAAUUCAAGGGCAGAUCCAUUUUCAAGGUACGAGAAUUGGUGAAGAACACAAUCAUUUUCAAUACUUUUGUCCUUUGUCAAGUGUUUAAUGAGUUCAAUGCAAGAAAGCUAGAGAGGAAGAAUGUCUUCCAAGGGAUCCUCAAGAACAGGUUGUUUCUUUCGAUUGUGGCUGCAACUAUCAUUCUUCAAGUUUUGAUGGUGGAGCUUUUACGAAAAUUUGCAGAUACUGAGAGAUUGAAUUGGAUGCAAUGGGGCAUAUGUACUAUAUUAGCUUCCUUAUCUUGGCCACUUGCUUGGGUUGUCAAGUGCAUACCUGUUCCAAAAACACCAUUUCUGAACUAUCUUAAGUGGAAGAGGUCCUGAAAUCAUAUGUAGAUCCGUUUGUGUGUUAGGUAAUGCUUGUAAAUAAUAUUAAGUGGUAACAAGGUGUGCAAUUUGUGUAUAGAUUAAUCAUUCAUGUAUUUAAUAGUUGCUUGCAAGUAUUCAUGAUAAUAAGGUGUGUAACGAACCGUAUAUACAUAUCUUUUACAAGUAAUGUUUAUUUA